ACAAGGGAGCCGCAAAAAUGCCAGGCCAGUCAAUUUAAAAUUAGGCCAAAGGCUAGAGACAGACAAUAGUUGUGGUGAUGAUGGUGGUGUUUCAAAGAGUGCUUUGAAAGGACAUGGUCCCCUGCCCUCAGUGUGCACAUUCAUCCAACCAACUGCUACCUCAGCAUGGGGAACAUUACCGAAUCGAAGUGUUUGAGGGAAGACACUUUAGUGGCCGCUGCCAAGAAUUCACUGAAGAUUGUUCUUUCUUGCUAAGGCAAGGCUGGGCUAAGAACUGGAUCAAUGCCAUCAAAGUCUAUGGGGAUGGAGCAUGGGUAUUGUAUGAGGAACCCAACUAUCGUGGCCAGAUGUACGUCGUAGAGAGAGGCGACUACAGUAGCUGUAAUGAAUGGCAAGCUCACAGUCCAAGCAUCCAGUCAAUCAGAAGAGUGAUCAAUUAUUUUUAACCAAUGGCCUUCUGGUCUUUGGAAGCAUGAAAUAAAGACUCAACUUCCUA